UAAUCGAGUGCUUUUGUUUACGCAACAUUUUGCCGCUUUGCAAACAGAACCAAGAAGGAAAUGACGAUGGAAUACGACAGAGAAGUUGAAGAGGCGACAAACUGUUCCAUUCGUGAUGAUGAAGCGGAGAUAGAUAUCUUCCUGAGGGUAACCCCAUUGCUUACAUUUUUAUCUGGGCCUGAACCAAGCAUUCAAGACGACGGCGUCGCUACAGAAGGACAGAAGCUGGUUAAUUUGGAAAAGGUUUCUGGUACACAUAGCGGCAACAAUCACAAGCAGACGAGCUUGCUUUCAGGAGACGAAAACGUUGAAAAGCUCGCGGAAUCAAAGAAGGCUCGAGCUAAGAAGUUCAAGCUCGACAGAUCUGCGGAGGUCAAUGCGGAAUUGCCAGAUUCACCAGAAAGUUCCCCAACAAGUGCAAGAAAUCACAGAAUGGCUCUAAUACGAAGCUUAUCCAGUUCUGCACCAGCGGCUCCAAAAGAAGUGUCUCCGAAACGAACACGACGGCUGUCGGACCCUACUGUUCCAAGCGCGAAAGGCCUCGUCAAGACCUUCGAAAGGCAAGCAAGUUUGAAGAAACUCCGGCCGUACCUCAAGCGAAAGGCCGUGUCUCCAUUGCAUCUUCUGGGCAAGGUAACUGCGUCUACCGGCUCCAAACAUAACAAUAAUGACGUGACUCAGAACAAGGAACCAAAAGGAAAUAAAGUUCGUCUGCCUAAAAGGCUGUACCCUUCUUUUAAUAAAGCUUACGAACAGCUUUCUCAGAAGGAAAGACGAGGUUCAGAUCCGUCUGGUGUGCCAAGCAAAGAAGAUAAAUGUAGUGUGGGAAAUGGCUAUGAAACAAUGAUAAAUGAUUUCUCAAACCAGAUUCAGGACCUUGCCUUCAACUUGGAAAAUUUGACCACUUCUGAGCACACCAGGAAUGAGCUUGCUGUAUCAAGCCACAUGAAGACAAACGGUCAACAAUUUGGUGAGCCAGACCCGAGGGACAAUGGCACGAGAUAUUUUUUCAAAGACGGUGACAUCCGUUUGCAGGAAAUGUUGGAACAGGUCUUGAAGUCGCAUCUUGUGACCAUGGAUGAUUACUCGCCGACAAGUUGUGACCGGGCAAGCAGGAGCAUUUGUAAGAUAACAACCCGGCUUCUUGGCGGUGGCCGUCGCCAAAAACGACCGUGUGAAGGCCAGCGUAAGGUAGCCUGCCUGGUGUACAUUGGUGCCAUCAGAGAUAGCGGAAUCCAGAUGGCAGCCCAGGCAAUGUGGUGUCCAGAUGAAGACAAUUUGGCGGCUGCUAGUUUCAGAAAUAAAUCUGUGUACGGCUUUGCAGUUGUGAUAGCUACACCAGCUUUUUAAUGAUUGAAAAUAUGAAGUUAUCAAGCCAAUCAGCGCUGUAGAGUUUCUUGUCAUCAGCAAUUUUUUGCCCGCGUCGAAGAUUAGGGAGAAUAAAACUGAAUGUCUGAGAGCACGCUAUACCUAACAAAUUAAUCCUUAUUUUAGAUUAAUUUUUGUCAGGUUUAGUGAACAUUAAGUGGCUUGAUGUGUGAUUACAUUAUAUUUGUUAUUCUUACUAUUUGUUCUAGUUGGAAAAAAGUCCUCGCAACUGCUUCUGGCAUUAUGUAUUCUAAAAUUGUAAACAAUUAUUGUAAAUAAAAAUUGUGAAGUGUUUGUGAAUUGCAAAAGAACGUUACUUUGUAAGUGAUGUAGUUUUACUUUACACCCGGGCUUUGCAUUGGGUGUAUUUAAAACAUAGCUUUUCUGAUGUAGUUGAUUCGAUUCCGGAACUUUAAAACCCGGACACCGGCUUUAAAAUUGCGCUACCAUAUUCAUUAAGUAGCUCUUUAGUGAAUUUGUAUUUGCGCUAUUGUACUACUUAAAUGA